AUGGCAACAGGAGGUGGUCCCUUUGAAGAAAGCAUGAAUGAUCAGGACUUGCCUGGCUGGAGCAAUGAGAGCCUUGAUGACCGGCUGAACAAUACGGACUGGGGAAGUCAACAGAAGAAAGCAAACAGAUCUUCAGAAAAAAACAAGAAAAAGCUUGGUGGGGAAGGUGAAACGAGGCUUACUAACGACAUAUCUCCAGAAUCCUCACCUGGAAUGGGACGACGGAAGACCAGAACUCCUCAUAGUUUUCCUCAUGCUCGAUACAUGACCCAGAUGUCUGUUCCAGAGCAGGCUGAACUAGAAAGGCUUAAACAAAGAAUCAACUUCAGUGAUCUGGAUCAGAGAAGCAUUGGAAGUGAUUCUCAAGGCAGGGCAACGGCUGCUAACAACAAACGUCAACUUAAUGAAAACAAAAAACCAUUCAACUUCCUGUCACUGCAGAUAAACACUAACAAAAGCAAAGAUCCUGCCUCAGGUUCCCAAAAAAAGGAGAGUGGGGUAUCAGUACAAUGUAAAGAGUUGUUUGGAGCUGCUCUAAGCAAGGAUUUCUUGCAGAAUUGUCAAGUCUCUGCUCAAGAAGAUGGAGGGGGAGAACCAGCUAUGGAUAGUAGCCAGAUUGUGAGCAGACUAGUUCAAAUUCGCCACUAUAUUGCUAAGGCCAGCUCCCUCCGGGAUGAUCUUGUAGAGAAAAAUGAAAGAUCGGCCAAUGUUGAGCGUUUAUCACACCUUAUAGAUCAUCUUAAAGAGCAGGAGAAAUCCUGUCUGAAAUUUUUGCAAGAGAUGCUUGCCAGAGAUCCUCAACAGGAAGCUAAAGAGGAGUUGGAGAACUUGAAGAAGCAGCAUGAUUUAUUGAAAAGGAUGCUACAACAGCAGGAGCAAUUGAAGGCUCUCCAAGGAAGACAGGCAGCUCUUCUUGCUUUGCAGCAUAAAGCAGAGCAAGCAAUUGCUGUCAUGGAUGAUUCUGUUAUAACAGAAACUACGGGUAGCGUUUCAGGAGUAAGCCUUACAUCGGAACUAAAUGAAGAGUUGAAUGACUUAAUUCAGCGCUUUCACAACCAACUUCAUGAUUCUCAGACACAAUCUGUGCCAGACAAUAGAAGGCAAGCAGAAAGUCUUUCACUUACAAGAGAGAUUUCACAAAGCAGAAACUCUUCAGUGUCUGAACACCUGUCAGAUGAGAAGGCGCAGCUGUUUAACAAGAUGCGAAUGUUGCAGGGUAAAAAGCAAAAAAUGGAUAAACUAUUAGGAGAACUUCAUACGCUUCGUGACCAACAUCUAAAUAACUCCUCCUGUUCUCCUCAAAGGAGUGUUGAUCAAAGAAGUACAACUUCAACUGCUUCUGGUCCUGUAGGUGUAGUAACUGUUGUCAAUGGCGAACCAAAUAGCCUGGCACCUGCUCCCUACCCUCCUGAUGCCCUGGUUUCUCAGAAUGAGAGUGAAGAGGAUGACAAUCUAAAUCCAACAGAAAAGCUUCAGAAGCUAAAUGAAGUUCGUAAGAGGCUGAAUGAGUUACGGGAGUUGGUUCACUACUAUGAGCAAACAUCUGAUAUGAUGACAGAUGCUGUGAACGAAAACACUAAGGAAGAGGAGGAAACAGAAGAAUCGGAAAGUGAUUCUGAACAUGAGGAUCCACAGCCUGUAACAAAUAUUAGGAACCCUCAAGGAAUCAGUAGUUGGAGUGAAAUAAAUAGCAACUCAAAUGUGCAGUGUGGAACUAAUAACAGAGAUGGAAGGCAUCUUAAUACAGACUGUGAAAUAAAUAACCGAUCUGCUGCUAAUAUGAGGACUCUAAAAAUGUCUUCUACUCUAGACUGUCAUAACAGGGAGGAUGACAAAGACAUUGACCUACCCCAAGAAGAUGAUGAAGUGGAAGAAGAUAGAGUUAGUGAAGAUUCUGUAUCUAGUCACAGAAGCAGCUUGGGUGAUGCUGCUGGAGAUGCUGAGUUUGAGCAGAAAAUCAAUAGGCUUAUAGCUGCAAAACAGAAACUUAGACAGCUACAAAACCUUGCUGCUAUGGUGCAGGAUGAUGAUCCAGAACCUCAAGCAGCAAUUGCAAGCGCAUCUAAUGUUGGUUACUUGUUUUUGGGUGAGAUGGAAGAGACAAAGCAACAACCAAACAAUGUCCGAGCUAGUACCAACAAGUUACAAAAAGAUGUAGGACUCAAUGAAAAAGCAAGAGAGAAGUUCUAUGAAGCUAAACUUCAGCAGCAGCAACAGGAGCUUAAGCAAUUAGAAGAAGAAAGAAGAAAAGUGAUUGAAAUUCAAGAGAAAAUUCAAGUGUUACAGAAAGCUUGUCCUGACCUUCAAUUGUCAGCUGGCCUGGGUAACUGCCCAGCAAAUAGGCAGACUUCACCAGCAACCUCAACUCCAGCCGUGAAUGAGUGUAACACAGCUGGCAAGCCUUUACUUGAAUUUGAUGAAUCUGUACCAGUAGGCAAUGAGUUAUGGUCUGAGAUGAGAAGACAUGAGAUUUUAAGAGAAGAAUUGCGACAGAGAAGAAAGCAACUUGAAGCUUUAAUGGCUGAACAUCAGAGGAGGAGAGAGCUCGCAGAAACAAUAUCUACUGUUGCUGCAUCUGUUAAAAGCGAAGGAUCAGAAGCUCAGCAUACUCCGCAGCAGAGCAGGAUGGAAAAGACAAUGGCCACCUGGGGAGGUUCUACCCAGUGUGCACUACAGGAAGAGAAUGCAGAUGAAGAUGGUUAUCUCUUUGAUGGAGCUGGUCAGGCAGAAGAAGAGGAAGAAGAUGUGUCGAGUUUGAAUGACAGUUUCUCUGUUUAUCCCAAUAACAACAUACCAGAAAACACAUAUUUUGUUAAAGAAAAUAAGGAUAGGUGGAAAAAUUGCCGUCCUCUUUCAGCAGAUGGGAAUUAUCGUCCAUUGUCCAAAGCCAAGCAGCAGCAAAACAUAAGUAUGCGACGUCAGGAAAACCUUCAGUGGUUGUCUGAACUUUCAUAUGUGGAAGAAAAGGAACAAUGGCAAGAGCAGAUCAAUCAGCUGAAGAAACAGCAUGAAUUUAGUGUCAGCAUUUGUCAAACUUUGAUGCAGGAUCAGCAGACCCUCUCUUGUCUUCUACAGACUUUGCUGACAGGCCCUUAUAGUAUGAUGCCAAAUAAUGUUGCAUCUUCACAAGUACAUCUUAUUAUGCAUCAGUUAAACCAGUGUUACACUCAACUGACUUGGCAGCAGAACAAUGUCCAAAGGUUGAAACAAAUGUUAAAUGAUCUUAUGCAACAGCAAGAACAACAGUGUCAAGAGAAGCCAUCAAGAAAGGAGAGAGGCAACAGUGCACCACCACCCCCAUCACCCAUUUUCUGUCCGUUCAGCUUUCCUCCACAACCUGUGAACCUGUUUAAUGUACCAGGAUUUACUAAUUUUUCUUCCUUUGCUCCAGGUAUUAACUAUAAUCCAGUGUUCCCUUCUGGUUUUGGAGAUUUUGCACACAACAUUUCCCCACACAGCAGUGAGCAGCAGCAGCAACAACAACAUUCUGUAGAUCAUAAUGCUUCUGGGAAAACUGAGUAUAUGGCAUUCCCCAAACCCUUUGAAAGCAGUUCCUCUAAUGGAGCAGAAAAACAAAGGAGUCAUAGACAAGCUGAAGAGGAAAUGGAAAAAAGAUCAACUUGGCGUAGUGAUAACCAGGAAAUGAAAAAAGAUGAUCAGUCUCAGCUGAAAGCAGGUUUUUCAGUUUCAGUACAAAACAUUGCUUCCAGUCAUAAAAAUCAGUCUGAUAUGAGCAGGAGAAGAGAGUUUGAUGAAGAGUCUUUGGAGAGUUUUAGUAGCAUGCCCGAUCCGGUAGACCCAACUACUGUGACAAAGACUUUUAAAUCUAGAAAGGCAUCAGCGCAAGCAAGCUUGGCAUCAAAAGAUAAAACACCCAAAUCAAAGAAUAAGAGGAAGAGUUCUCAGCUAAAAGGCAGAAUUAAAAAUACUGGUUAUGAAAGUGCAAGCGCUUCUAGUGUGUGUGACCCCUGUAAGAGCAGUAAAAGCAGGCACUCCGAAGAGGUUGUUCAUGCAAAGGUGUUCAGCAAAAGGAAUCGGGAACAAUUGGAAAAAAUCAUUAAAUAUAGUAGAUCUACAGAAAUGUCUUCAGAAACUGGUAGUGAUCUUUCUAUGUUUGAAGCUUUGCGAGACACCAUUUACUCUGAAGUGGCAACUCUUAUUUCUCAAAAUGAGUCUCGUCCCCACUUCCUUAUUGAACUUUUCCAUGAGCUUCAGCUGCUAAAUACAGAUUACCUGAGGCAAAGGGCUCUAUAUGCUUUACAGGAUAUAGUGACCAGACAUUUAUCUGAGAACAAUGAAAAAGGGAAGUGCACAAAGUCACUGAAUUCUGCAACAUGGAUGGCGUCAAAUUCUGAACUCACUCCCAGUGAAAGCCUUGCUUCUACAGAUGAUGAAACUUUUGGCAAGAACUUUUCUACAGAAGCAUGUCAAGACUGUGAACAAAAUGAUGCAGACAAUGGGAGUACUAUGUCUACAUCUUCAAAUUUUGAACCCUUUGCCACGGAUGACCUUGGCAACACAGUGAUUCACUUAGAUCAAGCUUUGGCUAGGAUGAGGGAACAUGAGCGUAUGAGAAUUGAAGCUGAAAGUACCCUUGACACUGAGGGCUGCUCUAGUAAUGUUCAGGGUGCUUCUGCUGCUAAAUUAGAAGGUAUGCAUAUAUAUAUUACCAAUGAAUGUCCUCCGUUGCCACAGUCGAGUGAAGUUUCUGCUGUUCCUUGUCCUCGUAUAGAUACUCACCAGCUUGACCGGCAGAUUAAAGCAAUUAUGAAAGAGGUCAUUCCUUUUCUGAAGGAACACAUGGAUGAAGUAUGCUCUUCUCAGUUAUUGACAUCAGUAAGACGUAUGGUCUUGACUCUUACACAACAAAAUGAUGAAAGCAAAGAAUUUGUGAAGUUCUUUCAUAAGCAGCUUGGCAGUAUACUUCAGGAUUCACUGGCGAAAUUUGCUGGUAGAAAAUUAAAAGACUGUGGGGAGGAUCUUCUUGUGGAGAUCUCUGAAGUGUUAUUUAAUGAAUUAGCCUUUUUUAAACUCAUGCAAGACUUGGACAACAACAGUAUUUCUGUAAAGCAGAGAUGUAAAAGAAAAAUAGAAACUACUGAAGCGAUACAGUCGUAUGCUAAAGAGGCAAAAAAAUGUCUCCAGGUGGAUGUUUGUUCAUCUGCUGAAGAUGUCGAUGAGGACAAAGACAAGGAUGAGACUGAAACUGUUAAACAAGUCCAGGACUCAGAAAUGUACGACGGUAAUGGAGUUCCUGAAAGUAUUCGAUCAGAUGCUUCUGAUCAAGAGGAAGACGAGGAAAGUGAAAGCGGUCCAGUGGCAAUAAGUUUAUCAAAAGCAGAAACCCAAGCUCUGACUAACUAUGGCAGUGGAGAAGAUGAGAAUGAAGAUGAAGAAAUAGAAUUUGAGGAAGGACCUGUUGAUGUGCAGACAUCACUACAAGCUAGCAGUGAAGCAACAACUGAAAAUGAACAGACUUCACACCAAGACUUGAGUAAGACAAAAAGCAGUGAGAUUUUGUCACCAGAACAAGAAUCUGUUAAUGUUAAAGGUGACCAAGAUACGGCGACAGUUUUGCCUCAUUACCUCAAUGUCAUGGAGAAUACACCAGCUUUAACAGUCAGUACCCCAGAAUCCUUUAUAACAGCCAGUAUGAGAACAGAAGAAUCAAGCUCGUCUUUGCCAGUAAAUGAAACUCAAACACUAGAUACAAUAUGUGUAGGAAACAAAUCUGCUGCAAGUUCUGAAAGCUCCAUGGCUGGCAGCCCUGAUACGGAGUCACCUGUGUUAGUGAAUGAAUAUGAAGCUGGUUCUGGAAAUGUAAGCCAAAAAUCUGAUGAAGAUGACUUUGUGAAAGUUGAAGACUUGCCCCUUAAACUUGCAGUAUAUUCAGAGGCAGAUUUAAUGAAGAAAAUGGCAACGGAGGCCCAGACAAACAGUUUGUCUGAUGAAUUACUGGAUGGAGGUGGAGCUCAAGAUCAAGAAUUAGUAGGAGAUGCCCAAACUUUGAAAGAACCUGAAACUUUUGGAGCUCAAAGUGCAUGAGAAUAACCUGAAGAUAUCUGCAUUUAUAAACUCCAUGUAUACAAAUGCAUAUGGAAGAUCAGCACUAAUUUCCCAGAAUUCUGGAAGUGUAUAAAAAAUGUAAAAUUUUUGACACACUGCCUCUUAGGAUAGGUAUGCUAUCUUCUGCCUAUGGCAGUUUCAACAGCUGGAACUGAAUCCUCUUCUGUUCAGUUUUGCUGCACUGUUCUUUUUCUGUCUUUUUUUAUUUUUUAUUGUGAUUUGUUUAGUAACUUUAAAAUCAUUUAAAAUGGUAGUUUUAAAUAAAGUUUGGAUUUGUCUGUAAAUUUGUCUUUCAAAAAAUUUUCCUCUGGCUUACAAAAUGGCAUGCAGAGUUUGUUGUUGGAAGUUAACUGACUUUUAAGUGUUGGCGUGCUUGUAGCCAU